AUGUAUAAAUUCAUCCAAGUUACAAUCCUCACACCCAAUUCAAUUGUCGUUCAAAUAUCGUCCCUAUCACCAAGCGAUAAGGCUGAGGUAAAUGAACUUACAGCUAUGGCCGACUAUGACAUCAUACUACCUUACGACGAUGAACAACUGUUCCAAGAAAAAAACGACGUCACAGAUCUACACGCGUACUACAUGUCGCAAUUCAAUCUAGAAUUGGAAAACGGAAAGAGUAAAAAGAAUGAUAAUUUCAAAUUUGGUACCGAAGAAAGCUUCGACUUUGAAGUGCUGGACAGUUGGACAGCUGCGGAAAAUAAGACUGAUUUUGAAAUCUUCGAUGACGGUAUUGAGAACAACAUCAACGAUCAAAAUAUGAAGGAAGUUCUACUAGACUUAGAUAGCAUUGAAUUCGACGAUAACAGCUUCAAGUCAGACUCCGGAGAGGAGAAAGCAAAGUCAGCGUAUGAAGUUAAUAAUGAAUAUAUAGACGACGAAUCUCUCAUUGAUGAAUUAUGUCGAGAGGACAAUGAAGCGAGUACACCACCAGAAGCAAACAGAGAAGAUUCCUUUAAUAUGAUGACAACAGAAACUCUACCAUCAAUGGAGGCAGCAUUUUCAAAACGGUUCUGCAAUUUUGACAGCGAAGUGCAUAUGCAAGAAAGUUACGAUAAUCAAGCACAUAAUACACAAGUUAUAAGUAGUGUUGAGCAUUUCAGUUAUCCAAAUAACAUAUUGCAUAAUUUGGAUAUGGAAAGACAUUACAUUCUUCCGGACACACCGACUAGUUGUACAGAAUUUACAUUCGAUAAAAACGAAAGAAAAGUAUCUAUAUCGGAAUCAGUUGAAAGUUCAAGUUAUUACGAUGGUAAUUCAGAGACAUUUGAUGAAGACGAGCUUUUUAUAAACUUAGAUGAUUUCGGAUUGAGCUUAGAGAGAGAUGAUGUUUGUGCUGCCGGUUUUAUGGAAAAGACGGCGGACAAAUCGGAGUCUCAAGGCGAAAGGAAUUGUUUGUGGGAAAAAUGCUACGAAAGUUAUCCCAACCAGAACAUGCUGGUGGAACACAUUGAACGGGCUCACGUCAAUACUUAUAAAGGAGAUGAAUUCAGUUGUCUGUGGAAGGACUGCGCAAGAUCACGUCGUCCUUUCAACGCGAGGUACAAACUUCUCAUACACAUGCGCGUACAUUCAGGACACAAACCAAACCGAUGUCACCACCCAGGCUGUGGCAAAGCCUUCUCUCGUCUCGAGAACCUGAAAAUCCACGUCAGGUCUCAUACCGGGGAGAGGCCGUACGCCUGCCCCGCACCACACUGCAGGAAAGCCUUCUCCAAUUCUUCAGAUCGAGCCAAGCAUCAGCGGACUCACUUCAAUGCACGACCGUAUGCCUGUGGGGCUCUUGGCUGCGGGAAACGCUACACCGAUCCAUCAUCACUGCGGAAGCACGUGAAAACCCACCCCCACAUACCUGCCCCAAGGACCUGCAUACCACCAACGAAGCCCAUCAGACGGACGGAAGAACAACUCGUCCCUAGUUCGCCUGCGAAACUAGCGACCCUAAGAUGUAUAAGAGACAAGUUAACCGUUCCUAGAUUACAGAAAAUGUAA